CCUCCGAAUGUCAGUUUCUGGAAAUAAAUUAUUUAAUUCUUUACCGGAAAAUAAUACUAAAAAUUGUCACAACAACAUUCUCAAUUAUUUCAAAAAUGGACAAGAAUUACUUGAAGAGUUGACUAAUUUGGCUUCUAUUGCCUAUCAGCGUUGCCAAGCGAAAAAUAAAAAAGAAGAGGGAAAAGAUGAAUCAAUGUGUAACGGAGAAGACAAAAUUGAACAAGUUGAAUCUUCAGACAAUGAAGCUGAUAUUUGUGAUGCAACCAAACAGCGUCGAAAAGCUUUAGAAACAAUUGCUGCCAACAACAAAAAUUUACCUAAAACAAUUGAAAGUGAACAAGCCACAAAAGAACGUUCAGAUCGUAAAUUGGAUAGAGCUAAAAAACGUGCCCAAAAUAGUCAAUUGGUGCGUGAAUUACGUGAUGAAUUGGAGGACAGACCAGAGGAAAUACGAGAAGAGAAUCCAGUUUUUGCAAAUGAUGGCCUAGAAUCUCGCCAUGCAGAAGCAAGACGUCGUUAUGAAGAAACUAAUUUUGUACGUCUUGGAAUGUCAAGAGAGGAAAGAAAAGCAGCAAAGAAGAGAAAACAUAAUACUUCAAUGGUUGAUGAAUUGGGGAAAUUGCUGGAAUUUGGACGAUAUAAAAUUGAUAAUGAUGGUGAAAGUGAUGGAAGAAAAGUUAAAACAAAUCGGAAAGGAAAUAAAAAAUUUGGAGCUAAAGAUGCAGAUUCUUCAACAAAAAGAAAAAAUCGAACAUCAUUCAAAGCAAAAGGUACCAAAAAGGGGAAAAUGAAGAAACGGACAAAACGAUAAAGUAUUUCUUUAAUUUUAAUUGUUAAAAUUUUGUUUGUAAAAAAUAAAAUUCUUUUGAAAAAAUA